AUGAGUCAGCACAAUAUUUACCCAAGGUUUAGCAUGGUCUUGAGCAUUCCUCCUCAACUAAAGGCAUGGUGGAUUGAUUUGGGGGACUAUGGACAGCGGGUGGUACGUGGAGCACUGGGACACUUACCGUCUUUAAUGAAUAUCCAACCAUGUAGAGACAUCAUCGAUGCGGCAACUGUGUUUUGGGAUGAGAAGAGAGUCAUGUUUAGAUUCGGCAACAAUGAAAUGACUCCAUUGUUAGAGGAAAUGGGUGGCUAUGUGGAAAAUGCAGCUUUAUUACAUAUGAAGAAAAAAUGGCAAAAUUGCGGCAUGAUUAUUCCAAAAGAACCUUUAUCAAAAGAAUUUGUUGACAGUUUCGGAUUCAGGAAGGGAACUAUGGUGUUCCCUAAAGGGACAACAAGAGAUAUUCACACCCGACUCAGUACUGUAAUAGAAGCUCUAUUUGGUGGCAUUGAAGGAAAAUGCUACACUCUGAUGGAACAUCUUCAAAAGGUCGAUAGAAGUCUAGCAUUUCGAAAGCCGACGGGUGAAAAUCACAUUCUUGGACAUGUUCCAGGUGCUAUUUUGACUAAUAGAUCAUUUGAAAAGCCAAAUUGUGCCGUGCAGCAUCCAGAGACUGAUCCUUAUGAGGAGAUAGAAAGGGAAGCUAGGGCGAAAGCAGACGAGAAUGUGGCAAAGGAGAUUCGUAGUCUGAAGGAAGCAUUUAGAAGAAUCCAAACCCACAAGGGAUGUGAAGGACUGGAGUACGAAGAUCUGUGGAAAGAUCAAGCUAUUAGGAUGAAGCUAUUUAUAAGGAGUUUGACAGGAGAAGCUCUUGAUUGGUACACAUUCCAAGAUCCGCAGAAAUGGCAUAGUUGGGGAGAGAUGGCGCAAGAAUUCAUGGAUAGGUUCAGGUUUAACACUGAGACUGUCCCGGACAGGUUCUAUUUGAUUAAAUUGGAAAAGAAGUCAACAGAAACUUUCAAAGAAUAUGCUAUGCGCUGGAGAGCAGAAGCCGCAAAGGUCCAGCCCCUAAUGGCGGAAAAUGAGAUGACAACGCUCUUUGUACAAUCUUUGAAAGAUGCAACAUACUAUGAAAGGUUGAUAAGCGUCAUUGAGCAAAAGUUUUCUGAAGUUAUUAGGAUGAGAGACUCCAUAGAGGAAGGUAUCAAGACAGGAAGAAUCACAAAUCUGGCAGCCUUGCUAGCAACAAAUAAGGCAAUUCAAUCAGAUUCAGCUAAGAAGAAGAGGGACGGAGUGUCCGCGGUCAUGGCCAUCCAGGAACGUAGACCAAACCAGAUGUUAACCUACCAAUACCCUUCAUCCCAGCCUUUAUAUUACAGCCAAUAUGCCCAAGUCCCUCAGCCUUAUUACCAACCUCCACCCGCUCCCCAUCCUGUUUACCACACCCAGCCAGCAUAUUACCCACCUCGAGCACCUGCCCAUCAAAGCCCAUCACAAUACCAUCCAGCUUACUCGCCUCAACCCCAAUACCAACCACAAAACCAUAAAAUCGAGGCAUUAUUCAUAGAAGGAGUCAUCCAGCUCAAAGGAGCUCCCCCAAAUAUAAACAACAACCCUCUACCCAAUUAUGGUGAUGCAAAUGUGAACAUGAUUACCAUUGAUGAGGAUUGUAAUUUGGAAGGGACUAUUGUGCCGGUCAGAAAAGAGGAAAAGGUUGAAUCAUCAGCCUUUAUUGCUCCCGUAAUCACAGUCCAAAUGAGGGAACCAAUUGAAGUAGAAUUGCUUACCCCAAAGCCUAGGAUCACAGCCUUAGUUGCUCGGGCACUUGCUUUCAACACCAAAGCAGUUUUUUGGAAUUACCCGUCUGAUGAAAAGAGCAAAGGAAAGGCAAAAUUGGUUGUAGAAACUAUCGCUGCUGGAUUAACAAGAUCUGGGCGGUGUUAUGCCCCCGAAGAGGUAGCACGAGGAGCACCAAGUAAGGAAAAUGGCCAAAAGAAGGCUGUGACCGAGGCUGAAGUCGAAGAAUUCUGGAGGAAGAUGCCAACUAAAGAGAGCGCUUUAGUGAAGGUGCUGAAUGAAGCUUACGUUCCAGCUGAGACCUCUAGCGAGAAAUUUUCAGCCAUGGUUGGAGAAGUCCUAGAAGCCCACAAAGUCUCGUUUCAUGAGAAUGAGUUGCCGCCUGAAGGUUUGGGGCACAACAAGGCAUUGAACAUUACAGUCAAAUGCAGGGACAAAUUUAUUUCUAAGGUGUUGAUUGAUGAGGGUUCAGCUGUUAACAUAUGUCCUGUCACUACUCUCCGAGCUUUAGGAAUUGAUAUCAGGAAACUCCGCGACAGUCACGUGAGAGUUAAAGGUUUUGACGGAGCUCAAAGAGGUGUCGUAGGGGAAAUUGAUUUAGCGUUGGAAAUUCGGCCCGUGGAGUUCGUGGUGGAAUUUCAAGUGAUGGAUAUAUCCGCUAGUUACAACUUGCUGAUAGAAAGGCCAUGGAUCCAUAUGGCUGGUGCAAUCCCUUCUACCCUGCAUCAAAAUUUGAAAUUUGUAUGGAAUCAUCAGAAAGUUGUGAUCCAUGGAGAAGGCAACAAUUCGAUCUAUCCCGAAAACUCAAUUCCUGUCAUUGAAAGUGUGGAAAGGCUAGAUGGAUCUAUUUUCCAUAUCAAGGAGACCAUGUGUACUAUUCAAGCUGAAGGGGUAAAAUUGCCACGUGUGCUUAUGAUGGUGGCUUGGGAAAUGUUGAAGAAUGGUUUUAAGCCUGGACGAGGUCUCAGAGUGAACUUGGAUGGAAUAGUGGAACCAAUUCAAUUACCUGGUCAGAAGGAUACUUUUGGUCUUGGAUACGAACCCACUCUUGAAGAAAUCUGA